AUGCACUCCCGGGAGAUGGCCCUCAUGGCUUCCUCUUUGCACCGCUUGGGCAUGCGCUAUGGUCGGCUACUGGGACAAUGCCAGGCACUGGAGGCCUUGGUUCCCGAGCGGGUGCGCCGCCUGCGGGAUGGGGACGGCACGCCAUCUUCCGAAAGGCCCGACACCCGACAGGCUUGA